AUGGCUAUACUCAGUCCGCAAGUAACUAACAUCAUCAUUAUCCUUGGGAUGAUGCAAGUUUCCAAGAGGAUCCCCUUUGACGAUCCCGAUGUCCUCAAUAUUGUUCGCGCGCUCUACAUUGGUAGCAAUGUGAUUAUCGCUGGUAUCUACGUCUACGUCCAGCUCCAGAUCAACAAGAAGAAGGAUCUCACUACGCUUAAAUAUGUCGAACCGGCUCCGAUGGGAUCUUCGGAGGAGGGCAAGCUCGUGACUACCACCGUCCAAGCCUAUGACUCGCAGCAACUCAAGAACUCUUUCCGAUCGCAGAUUAUGGGUCUUGCAAUGAUGGGCUUUAUGCACCUAUACAUGAAGUACACCAACCCACUCUUGAUCCAAUCCAUCAUCCCGCUCAAGGGCGCCCUCGAGUCCAACUUGGUCAAGAUCCACCUCCUCGGCCAGCCGGCCAGUGGUGAUCUCAAGCGUCCCUUUAAGCAACCUGCCGGGCUCAUGGGUGGUCUUCAGAGCGGACCUGCGCAAAGCGAUAAGAAAGCUGUCGAAGCCGCCGAGCGUGCCGGCCGGGGUGGUGUCAAGGACGAGUAA